AUGAAGCAGGCCUUUCAUGAAAUAUCUUCCACAGCUCGCAAACAUUCCUUGAAAGUGCUUUUGGGUCUUCUCCAGGAAGACGAUAAGAACGUGAUGAUCGCCGUUGCUCAAGGCGUUGUUCCGGUUUUGGUUAGGUUAAUGGAUUCGAGCUCGGUGGAAAUGAAGGAGAAGACAGUGGCGGCAAUUUCGAGAGUUUCAAUGGUUGAUAGCAGCAAACACAUUUUGAUCGCAGAAGGUUUGCUUCUCUUGAAUCAUUUGCUUAGGGUUCUCGAUUCUAGAAGUGGGUUUGCUAAGGAGAAAGCUUGUGUGGCUCUCCAAGCUUUGAGUUUCUCUAAAGAGAACGCUAGAGCGAUUGGUUGUAGAUGUGGGAUUUCAUCUCUAUUGGAGAUUUAUCAAGGUGGUACACCUGGUUGUCAAGCUUCUGCAGCUGGGGUUUUGAGAAAUUUAGCUUCUUUCCCUGAAAUCAAAGAGAAUUUGGAAAAUGGGGUUGUGGUCCUUUUGGGGGUAGCAAGUUCAGGGACGGCUUUAGCUCAGGAAAAUGCAAUUAGGUGUCUUUGUAAUUUGGCUUCUGAUGAUGAAAGUUUGAAACUUUGUAUUGCUAAAGAAGGUGGGAUUGAGUGUUUGAAGAAUUUCUGGGACUCAGCACCUUCUGUUCAAAGUCUAGAAGUAGCCAUUGAUUUGUUAAGGCAUUUGGCUUCAUUCUCACCAGUUGCUGAAGUUCUCUGCUCAGAUGGGUUCAUACCCCGUCGGGGAGUACUAAAUUGUGGUGUUUUAGGUGUAAGAAUCGCAGCGGCUCGAGCUAUUUUCGAUCUUGGUUUUUGCUCGAAAACCAGGAAAGAAAUGGGGGAAUGUGGAUGCAUUAAUCUUUUGAUCAAAAUGUUGGAUGGUAAGGCUGUUGCGGAGAAAGAAGUUGCUGCAAAAGCUUUGUCUAAUCUAUUGUUAUAUACAGGAAAUAGAAAGAUGUUUGAGAAAGAUGAGAAAGGAAUUGUUAGUGCAAUUCAGCUUUUGGAUCCUUCUAUUUAGAAUUUGGAUAAGAAGUAUCCUGUUUGAUUGGCCUCACUUUCGCAUUCGAAAAAAUGUCAAAAAUAAAUGGUUGCUGCUGGUGCUUGUGAGUACUUGCACAAGAUUGUUUAGAUGGAAGUAGAGGGGUCUAAGAGGCUUUUGGAGAGCCUUGGUCGUGGCAAGAUUUGGGGUGUUUUUGCUAGACCUUAAUAGAGAAGACCAAUACAAAGAAAGUAAGGUCUUGAAAUGACAAAAAAAGCUGGAUAUAGAAACACAUGAAGAUGAUUUGUUGAACUGUAUGUAAAAAAAAAAAACUUGUGAUAUUUGCUUCUUCUUUUAUUUUUUUUUCUCUUUAUUUCUUCAUUUUACCCCCCACUUGUUGAUAAUUGCUGUUUAUUUGUGGUAGAGAAAUAUUAGUAGCAUUUUUCUUGA